AUGGCACAGCAAGGAAAUGUUGGUGAGCUCCUCUCAAUGCUGGAUUCUCCAAUUCUGGGUGUCCUGGAAGAUGUAACAGCUGUGUUCAAAGAUAAUCUCAUCUGUGACCGUGGACCUAUGCUUGUGAACAACCUGGUGGACUAUUACUUGGAAACCAAUUCUCAGCAGGCGCUGCAUAUACUGUCCACACUGCAAGAGCCUCAUGACAAGCAUCUACUGGACAAAAUUAAUGAAUAUAUGGGCAAAGCUGCUACCCGUUUACCCACUCUCUCCCUGCUGGGACACGUGAUAAGACGACAACCAUCUUGGAAACAUAAGCUUUCUCAAGCACCUCUCCUGCUUUCAUUACUUAAAUGUCUCAAGACUGACACAGAUGUAGUAGUACUCACCACAGGUGUCCUAGUGCUAAUAACCAUGUUGCCAAUGAUUCCUCAGUCUGGCAAACAGUACCUUCAUGAUUUCUUUGGUAUCUUUGGGCGUCUCUCAGCCUGGUGCUUGCAGAAUCCAGGUCAUGUUGCAGAGAUUUAUCUUGUCCAUCUUCAUGCCAGCGUUUAUGCUCUCUUUCAUCGUCUUUAUGGAAUGUACCCUUGCAAUUUUGUCUCCUUUCUGCGUUCUCACUACAGUAUGAAGGAAAACUUGGAGACCUUUGAAGAGGUAGUCAAGCCAAUGAUGGAACAUGUGCGAAUUCAUCCAGAAUUAGUGACUGGAUCUAAGGACCAUGAACUGGACCCACGAAGGUGGAAAAGACUAGAAACUCAUGAUGUUGUGAUAGAAUGUGCCAAAAUCUCCCUGGACCCUGCAGAAGCCUCGUAUGAAGAUGGCUAUUACUCUGUGUCUCGGAAACUCUGCGCAAGCUUAAAACAUCAUCAAACUGACCCCAGUGCCAGCUGUUACAUUGACACACAGAGCAGCUAUGGGACUUCUACCCCGUAUUCCACUCCUCGGCUAACACUAUCGCAAAUGCCAGGGCAGCUACCUCAGAUUCUGAGCCCACAGUCAAUACGGCUGUCAACUGAGCCACAGCAGGUUACGAUCUGGAGUCCUUCUGCAGUUUGUGGUAUGACCACUCCACCAACCUCCCCUGGAAUUGUCCCAUCAGAGUCAUCCCAGUCUGCAUCACAACCUUACAGCAAGGCUUUUGGCACAUCUGCAGGGGGGAAAGGAACACCUUUGGGAACACCAGCCACAUCUCCUCCACCCUGCACUUCAGAUGAGUUUGUGCAUGUUUCACUCCCUUCAGCUGCUGCCACGCCUCCUAAAAAGGAGGACAAACCAGAUUCUGGGAGGCCUUUACUGUACCGACAGCAAAAUGUCCUAAACAGCGAUAAAUCAUUGGACACACCCGGUAGUAAAAGUUCAGUAACCUUAAGUGAUCUUCCAGAGUUUUUAGGUGGUUUGUCUUUUGAAGAUAGUGCUGAAAAGGACAGAGAAGAAGAUGCGAUAUCUAAAGAGAUCUCCGAGAUCACAAACGAUGCUGAACACAUGGUGCCUAGAGGAGGAUUUGACUCUCCAUUUUACCGCACAAAUGAAAGUCUGUCAAGCUCUCAAAAGAAGACCCAUUCAGUAGUCUCUAGUGUUCAGGGACACAGUCAGACCUGUGAACCUUUAACAACUUCUCUGGACAAGCCUGGGCCUGACAAUGCACAGGAAACGCCCAAACAAACAUUUACUCCCAUAGACAAGCCUUGGGUAGGCUCUGGUGAAAGCCCUGCUGGUAACAGGGAAGGAACGUCUGGAGGGACGAGUAUUCUCACUCCCAGCCCUUGCAAAGUACCAGCACAAAGAAGAGUGGUGUUUGAGAGCGGGCAGCCUCCCCUGUAUGAGCACCUUUUUGAGGUUGCGUUACCAAAGACUGCCUACCUCUUUGUUGGCAAGAAGACUGAGGAGCUGCUAAAGAAAGCCAAGGGAACCCAGGAUGAUGACUGCAUGUCCUCUACGUCUCCCGUGGAAGUACUGGACAGACUGAUACAACAAGGAGCAGAUGCACACACUAAGGAGCUGAACAAAUUGUCUCUGCCAAGCAAAUCUGCUGACUGGACUCAUUUUGGAGGUUCUCCCCCUUCGGAUGAGAUUCACACCCUGCGUAACCAAUUGCUUUUGCUGCACAACCAGUUACUGUAUGAACGCUUCAAAAGACAGCAACAUGCCCUUAGGAACCGCCGUCUUUUGCGAAAAGUGAUUAAAGCAACAGCACUGGAGGAACAUAACGCUGCCAUGAAAGAUCAGCUGAAACUACAGGAAAAAGAAAUCCAGGCCUUGAAACUGAGUUUGCAGAAAGAACAGGCAAGGUACCACCAGUUUCAGGAGGAACAUGAAAAUAUAGUGGCUCAGCUUCACAGCCAGAUCAGACAGCUGCAACACGACCGGGAGGAAUUCUACAACCAGAGCCAGGAAUUGCAAACCAAGCUGGAAGACUGCCGGAAUAUGAUUACAGAUCUGAGGUUAGAAUUAAAGAAGGCUAACAACAAGGUGUGUCACACUGAAUUGCUUCUUAGCCAGGUUUCUCAAAAGCUUUCCAACAGUGAAUCAGUGCAACAGCAGAUGGAGUUCUUGAACAGGCAACUUCUGGUUCUUGGAGAGGUCAAUGAGUUGUACCUGGAGCAGCUGCAGCACAAGCACACAGACACUACAAAGGAGGUUGAAAUGUUGCAAGCUGCUUUUCGGAAAGAACUGGAGAAAGCAAAGUCGUGUGUUCUACAGCAAAGCCAAAGGCUUGAUGCUUCCCAGAAACGGAUAGCUGAACUGGAAUCUCAGCUUGCUAAAAAGGACCACCUCUUCCUGGAGCAAAAGAAAUACCUGGAAGAUGUCAAAAUCCAAGCAAGAGGUCAGCUGCAAGCAGUAGAAAGUAGGUACAAGGCCCAGAAAAGAAUCACACAGGCAUUUGAGCUGGAAAUCUUGGAUUUAUUUGGCCGGCUGGAGAAGAGCAGCCUACUGAAAAAACUUCAAGAUGAAAAAACAGAAGCAGCUGAAGCAGCAGAAGAAAGGCUGGAUUGUGGUAAUGAAGAUACUGUGGCAGGACGCAGCGAGGAAAUGAUUGGUAGAAAUGGAGAGACCAAACCUCCCAGCACUCGAGGUAGUAGUAGCAGUAAGGGUGGCAGCAGCAGUGAGCUCUCCACCCCAGAAAAACCCCAGAACCAGAGAUUCAGCAGUCGCUGGGAGAAAUCCAUGUUGCAGGAGCCCUCGAGUACUGUCCCCCUGACUGUAGGUUCACUCCCCAGCUCCAAGAGCUUCCUUGGAAUGAAGGCACGAGAAUUAUUUCGCAACAAAAGUGAGAGCCAGUGUGAUGAGGAGGGUGUAACCAUCAACAGGCUUUCUGAUGCUCUAAAGACUGAACUAUGUAAAGAUCCAAACAUGGAGACAAAGGCCCCUUCAAGCCCCGAUAACCUUAGUCUCUCGCCUAAGAUCCAGGAAAGCAGUGUUGGACAGCUUCAUAUCAUGGACUACAAUGAAACUCAUCAUGACCACAGUUAA